AUCUUCUACAUUCAACUUUUGAACAAAUUCUCUUUGAUUAUUUUACGAUACCCUUACGAUUCAUCAUGUCUAACGAUCAAUCCCUCAUGGAUCGCAUUGAAUUCCCUGAGAUCCCCGAGGCGGCGAUGAAGAAGAUCGCCAUCCUCGAGGAGCAGUUCUCCCGCGCAGAGGUUGAGCAGCUGCGUCACACCGCUAAGCUCAUGGCUCCCCUGCUUGCUAAGCGCAGCGAGAUCAUCAACAUGCCCGAGGUUCAGCCUGAGUUCUGGAUGCGCGUGUUGGCCAGCGCUCCCCCCGAGAUUGACGAGUACAUCCUGCCCACCGACGCCGCCGCUCUCGGCGAGUCUCUCAAGAACCUGACCGUCGAGCGUUUCGAGCUCGAUGCCCAGGGCAACGGCGAGCCCCGCAGCUUGCGUUUCACUUUCGAAUUCAAGGGUGGCGAUGAGAACAACUUCUUCACCAACGAGAAGCUCGUUAAGGAGUUCUACUGGCGCCAGGAGAUCACUAAGAGCAAGUCUGGUCGCACUCGCACCUGGGAGGGUCUCGUCUCCGAGCCCGUGCGCAUCAACUGGAAGAAGGAUGCCGACCUGACCAAGGGUCUGCUCGAUGCUGCCUGCGACCUCGCUGAGGCCGAGAAGAAGAAGGGUGGUGACCGCAAGAAGCUCCCCGAGUACGCCGCUCUGGUCAAGAAGGUCGAGGAGACCGAGGCUGAGGCUGCCAAGGCUGAGGAGGAGGAUGACGACGAGGAGGACAUGCCCAGCCCCGUUGGUGUCAGCUUCUUCGCUUUCUUCGGUUACCGCGGCCGUGACGUCUCCGCCGCCAAGUCCCAGGAAUCCGCCAAGGAGAUCGAAGCCCGCUGGGCUAAGGUCCAGAACGGCGAGGACAUCAGCGAGGCCGGUGACUCUGACGAUGAGGAUGAGGAAGAAGAUGAUGGCUUUGAGGAUGCUGAGAUCUUCCCCGACGGUGAUGAUCUUGCCGUUGCCAUCGCUGAGGACCUCUGGCCCGAUGCGCUCAACUACUACAUCCAAUCGUUCCAGGCCGGCGCCGAGCUCGAGGAUAUGGAUCUCGAGAUGGAUGAGUUGGACGAGAUGGAUGAGGAUGAAGAAAGUGAGUCGCGCCCGCGCAAGAAGGCUCGCAACUAA